AUGUAUAACAUAAGAGGAUAAGGUAAUUUUUAUAAAAACUAAUGGGAUUAACAUUGUAGAAAAUGUUAAUUUGAUUGGAGCAGUAUAUUUCCAUUUAUGCUAAUAAGUCUUUGGUAUAUUUUUUUUUAUUAAUGAUAGGACUUUUAUAUCUAUAUUAAUGUCAUUAAGAAGCAUCUCUGAAUCUAAUUAAUUAUUUUCAUAACUAAUAAUUGCUUAAAGAUUUAAAAAAAUAUUAUUUAAAUUAAGGUAAAUAAUAUUUAAUAAAAUUACAUUAGAUCAAUAAAGCAUAUAAUUAAAAUGUUGAUCAAUUAUUUGUGGAUUUAUUCAGUCAUUUUUACAUUUAAUAUAAGAUUUUCAUUUUCUCUUUUUUUUAUUGAAUAAACAAGUGAUACUUCAUAUUUCAUAGCUAAGGAUUUAGACUGUUAUAUAUCUUCUAUUUAAAGUGUUCAUAUUUUAUAUUUAAAAAUAUUCACAAUGUUAAUAUUAAUGAUUAUACUAUUUAAUCUAGUUAUUGCAGGAGCAUAUUUACAUACUUUAAUAACAAAACAAAAGCAUGAUAUAAGUAUCUUUUCAAACACUGCACUUUAUUUGUAUGUAUUUAAUUACGCAGGAUUGAUUAAAAUGUAUAAUAUUUAAAAUGAAAAGGUUUUCAUCUGCGCUUUCGAAACGAGAAGUAUCAAAUCACAAUUACAUUUAGGGAGAUGUUUCCUUAUAAUAUGGUUCAUAAAUUCAUUAAAAGUGGAUGUAUUAUUUUAUUAUUCCUGGUAUAUUUAUAAUUGGUAUAUUUAUUCCUAUUUUUAUUUAUAUUCUAUUGAUGUUAAACAAAAAUAAGUUAGAUAAAAUUAAACUAAGGAAACAUAUUUGUUAUUUAUUAAAUGAAUAUAAAUAAGAAAGAUAUUAUUGGGAAUUAAUCAAAUUAUUUAAAAAAUCAAUUAUUAUUUUUAUUAUGACAAAUUUUGAAACUGAAAUUGUUUUAAAAGCAUCAUUAUUAGGAUUGGGUUUAUUAAUAUAUUAAAUAUUGGCAAUUUUCAAUAAACCAUUUACUAUUUAAAAAUAUAAUUCUUUAGAUUUAUAAACAGCUCAAAUUUGCUCAAUUUCUAUAUUUUUAGCACUUACUAAAAGUAUUUGUGAAUAGAAAAAUUAUAUAUUCCCUUCUAUUCUGAUUCAAAUUUUUAUUAUUGGAUGCUUUAUCAAACUUUGUUACCCUUUUGUUUUUGGAAUUGCAAGAAACUAUUUUAAAAAGUAUCAAUUCUUUUAUUUAAAUAAAUUACAUUUCUUUCUUAAUUUGAAAGUACCUAAUUUCUAUUUCGCAAUAAUUUUAGGUAAGUUUUUGGAAAAAGAAAAAUUAAGAUAAAACAAACUUAAGUAUAACAUUGCCAAAUUGAAGAACCAUUUAAUCUUUUUAUCAAAAGUAUAAUUGAGAAAUUCAAGGUAAAUAUUAACAAAAUAUUAUUUAUAGAUAAAUAAUAUCUCCACAAAGUUCAAGAAUUUUAAGUACAAAAUCAAGUAGAAUAGGUGUUGAAAAAGUAUUUUUUAAUAAUGUUGAAGAAUAUGAAUCUAAUAAAAGAUGA